AUGGUCGUAUCCAAAACAAGGAAUAUUCAAACAUCACCGGGUUUUGAAAGUCAAAAUCCUAAACCAAUUGAGACUUCUUCUGAAUUAAAAAACGUUAUCCAUAUAUGGAAUGCUGUAUCGAGUCAUAUCGAGAAUUAUAUGAAACAAUCAAAAGGAGUAUCCAUUCCUGGAUUCGGCACAUUCAGUUUUAUUCAUAAACGAACUGACGUUGGAAAUAACAAAUAUUUGUUAGUACAACGACCUGUAUUUGCUAUAUCCGAAAAAUUUGCUCAAACACAUGGAUUGAAAUUUACCAAAUAUCCUAUUAAUGGUUCAAUUCCAAUACAUCCGUUAAAUUAUUUUGCUAUACAAAAUCAAUAUUCUUAUUCAAGAGAUCAAAUAGAACAAUGUGUUAAACAUGUUUUACAAGUAUUUAAUCGUUCUGUAGCUGCACAACGAAAUGUUGAAUUUACAUUUACUCGUAUUGGUAAACUACAAAUACGUGAUGGAAAAGUUAAAAUGCGUUUUUUCAAAGAUUUUGUUAAUGAUGUGGAUGGAAGUGGAAAAGUUUUGGAGGAGAUAUACAGUAGACCUCAAACAAGUGAUUCAGUUACGCCGGAACGUGAUAUCAAACGACCAACCUCAACUUCAUUAUGUGUUCUUCCAAGAUUAAAUAGUCGAACAGGAAAUCCAGCUAUGACAUCAAUAGAAGAAGAACACGAUGAUAAUGAAAAGAGUCGUCAAUCAAAAAAACAGCAACCACAAGUGACACAACGAGACUUGAGUCCGUUUAAAAGUGAUUUAAAUCGUUCAUAUACAAAACAGAGCGAUUUUCACUUACCUCCACUUUUACCAUCGUCCAAAGAUUUAUUCCAGUCGAACAAAAAAACUCCUCCAUCGUCUUCUCCAGCAGUUGUACGACAAUCAAAUGAACGACGAUCACCAACCACAAAUAUGGAUAAUGAACAGCAGCAACAGCAACAAUAUGAAACUAGUGGCAGUAGACUUGCUCAUUAUGCAUUACCGUCCAAUGUUGUUCGAGCCACAAGUGAUGCGAGUGCAUUAGUUGGCUACAACAGUAGACCAUCAUCAAAACUCAAUCGUGAACGCAUUUCAUCUUCGAUGCAUAUUACCCAACAUCAAAGUAAUUCAAAACCGCCUACUCCUUCAACACCAACCUGCGGUCAUCACGGUGCCGGACAAGAACUAUGCUAUCUAUGUCAUCAACGUGCAAAACGAAAUAUACCUGUUUAUAUGACAGAAGAAAAAAAAGUUCGACAAGCAGAAGAAGAACAACUUCUACAACAAUACAAACAUAAUCAAGAGAUGGAAGAAUUCAAACAACGAGAAGUAAAGUUAAAAAGCGAUCGUGAAGAAAAACAAAAAGUUGCCGCAUUUAAUUUGGGAGUAGCCGAAGCAGCAAGAAUACGAAAAAUGGAACGACCAAGUACAACUGAUGUACCGCGCUCGUUUGUAUUUCGUAAACGAGCAAAAACACCUCCAACAUACAUUCGUCAACAAGAUUUAGCAAAUCAUCUUGAAGCACAAAUUAAAUGGAAACAACAAGAGGAAACAAGUCGAAAACAAGACAAAGAUUUUAUAGAAAGAAUGGAACAGAUACAAUUAGCUGAACAACUUGCUAGUGAAAGAGAAGCAUUCAUUAGAAACAAACGUUUGAAACAAGAAGAAAUGAAGAAUGCCUUAGAUACUCAGAUUCGUACAAAACCAGUUGGUCUACCAGUUUCUGAAUCUGAUGGUCCUAUUUUUGGUAUGAACGAUAUGACAACAAAUAAAUUAAUUGAACGAAGAAAGAAUGCUACUGAAACAUUUAAACAUCAAAAGGAAAUUGUUGAACAACGUCAACGUGAACAAUUAUUGAAACAAUUACGAGAACAAGAAUAUGAAGCUCAUGCAUUGGAUGUUAUGAAAGACGAUUUAUUAUCAGAGCGUCGUGACCGUUUUCUUCGUUCAUAUACAAUUCGUAAAGAUUUAGAAAAUCAAUGGUCAAAUGCUGUUGAAGAAAAACGUAAACGUGAUUUAGAUGAACAAAAACAUGUUUAUGCUCCACAAGGUAUUCUUGUUCAUGAACAAUGUGAUCAAUAUAAACGUUGUGCACAAUGUCAAAGAAAAUUAAAUAAUUAUGGGGAAACAAAUAUUUGGAAGGAAACACGUUAUCUUUCAGGCGCAAGAAUUAUGGUUUAA